AGGGUGAUUCCUUUAGGUUGUCGAACUUGGCGAUAGGUGUGACAGUCACCUAGUCAAUGGUCGAAAGAGCAAGGAGGCUACAUUUUCCUAGCACAAAAUACUCCAGGGUAGGCUGAAACCUUUUUACAUUUCCUAUUACUUCGUCAGUGACGUCGGGUGGGUGCGAAUAAUUGAACAGCUGAAACAGGGCACGAAGAUAUUGUAAGCUAACAGCGAUAAGAAAAAUGCUGAAUGUUUUUUAUGGAUCCACUUCAUUGUCUUUGAUAUAACUGACGUAAGUUGAGGCUGCCGAAGGUAACAAGAAAAAAAAAGUUGACAACGAAAAAAUGGAACACGAAAAGAGUGAGUGUCAUAAAUCUUCUGCUACCAACUGAUCCUUCAUCGUCCCCUCGACGAGUGUCGCCGUGAAGAUUUGCAUUUUGUGUGCCUUUGUGUGUAUGUUAGACUUUAGAAGUGAAAAGGAAGAAUUCUGGGCAUCGAGUGACACCACCAUAUGUAUUAGUGCUUUUAAAUGAAAAACUAGUAACUGUUUUACAAUGUGUGAUGAUCUGAAACUCUAGAGCCUCCUGCUUUUCAUUAUUACCACGAAGUGAAUUCAAUCAGAAAUAAGAAGCAACAAACAAAAAUGGAACCAUUUGAUUGAGCCACUAUAGAUAAUCCAAUGUAAGCUGCGUACAUGAGCCGUACAUGUCUCGGCACAAGUUACACAGACUUCGACAGCAGAAAAGAGAAGUUAGCCAACUUCUAGUUAUAACGACCGAAAAAAAAAUUACGAAAGCAACAAAGCGUUGUUCGGCCGUAAGCGAUGGGGGACCGGCUACAUGCUGUACGCACGUACAGAAAUCCAAUGCGAAAGCACGUGAUUAUUCCAGGCGCACUGCUCCUAGCGCACGUUGUGUUUGCUGCGGUGAAUCAUAAUGAACCGACUUAUCUAUCAUCUUCUAUACACCCGCUCUCAAAUAUAUAUCAUGAAAACGGUGUGUCAAUAAUUGGGUCUCCUCUGGAAAACUGCACUCCUGCAGCAGUUGAGCAGUUUCCCAAGCCGAUGCUCACAAUACAACAACGCCGUCGGGGGUGGCUGGCAGUACACAUUAUUGUUGCUAUAUACAUGUUUGCCGCGUUGUCCACUCUCUGUGAAGAAUAUUUCGUUCCUGCUAUUGAGGUUCUCACAGAGUCUCUUCAAAUUGACCUUGACGUAGCUGGAGCCACGUUCAUGGCCGCUGCCAGUUCCGUACCGGCUAUCGCUGCAUCGAUUAUUGCUAUCCUCGUUGCUAAGGGUGAUUUGGGAGUCAGUACCGCAUUAGGAUCGGCCGUGCUAAACGCUGCUGGAGUUGUCAGUGUAAGCGCUCUUUUUGCUGGAAAGGUGGUAACACUUCAUCGAUGGCCAAUGUAUCGAGACAGCUUGUUCUUCCUAAUCAGCGUUAUCGUAAUGCUGAUUGCCAUGUAUGAUGAUCUCAUCACAUGGUACGAGGCUACGAUUCUUGUUGCCUGUUACUUCAUUUAUGCCAUAUUCAUGUCGUUUGACGCUAAACUCGAAGCGUUUUUUGUCAAGAGGUUUUCGUUCCUGCAAGACCGUGUCGACUACCCAGAAGGAAUGUUUCCUGCCCAGGCAACAACGCAGGACGCAAGUGCUCCUGUUCCAACGACCAUUUCGACGAAGGAGUUCGAUUCGGCUCCUCAAGGUAAACCGCAUUGCUGGAAGGGGGCUGAAAGUAGAUGUCAUUUGUUCUGGCAACCGUCAGUUUCCCCAGGCAGGUUCCCUAAGGGUAACCGAGCGGAGGCUAUCGUUGAACCCUUACCGCAAAUCGAUCGUGGAGCUUCCUCCAUCUGUUCGGGUCCUCCUCGAGGGUCAACGCCGACGUAUGUCGCUGAUUUCCCUAAAACGAAGCAGCGAGGCAAGUUCGUCAACGAGCAGAUUAUUGCUAAUGAAAUCAUGAAGAAUCAGGUGAUGGCCGCUGUAGCAGCCUCGAGCCGUGGAUCUGAGGGUUCAUUGGACGUCGAUCUCAAGUCACCUCUGAAGCCGCCCCGCAAUCAUUUCCUAAAGAUCUUUUGGCUGUUCUACUUGCCAUUUACGAUGCUUUUUCAUCUGACGAUUCCCAACUGCCAACGGAAAAAAUGUCGCAAAUGGUUCCUUGCAACAUUUAUUAUGAGUACAUUCUAUAUCACACUGGCAUCUUAUCUACUCGUCUGGAUGAUCACUAUCAUCGGUUUCACGCUAAGCAUCUCGGACACGGUUAUGGGUUUAACCUUUCUAUCAAUCGGCGUAACCCUACCAGACAUCGUCUCGAGUUUGCUUGUUGUCAGGAAAGGAUUUGGUGACAUGGCUGUGUGCAACGCCCUCGGGUCGAACAUUUUUGAAAUCCUCGUCGGUCUGGGCCUGCCAUGGCUAAUUAAAACGGCAGUUAUUGAACCCGGAAUACCUAUACUUGUCGAAAGCAAAGGAAUGAUGUAUUCGACUAUUUCGCUAUUGCUGACAUUAUUCUUUUUGAUCGCACUAACACACUGGAAUCGCUGGCGGAUGAGCAGACUCUAUGGAGCUAUCCUGAUGACGUGGUAUAUCGCCUUCCUAAUACUUUCAACUCUCUACGAGCUUGGGAUUUUUGGUAACCCUAGACAACCGAUGUGCUCAAGCAAUUACUAGUUCUGUGAAUUCUGAGUACUUUCAAUCGCUGAACAUUUAUCGUUAGCGAUGGUCCUUACGACAAACGGUAUGCGUUGCUGAGGGUUUCCUUUUAUGUGUUCGACGGUCAAUUGAAACGCAAAUGAAUUCUGAGCACAACUUUACAGGCAGAAUUGCGGAUUAGUAUCUUACCUAUGUCGCUGUCAUAUGUAGAGGAUGAUGUCUAGUAACCAUUAUGGUCAGUAGACCAAAAAAGCAUUCUCACAGCUUAUAAAGUAAUUGUCUUCAAGAGUUCGAAACAUUUCAAUAUGGGAACAUAUAUUUGAGAAAUAAGUAUAACAGGAACUACGUUUGUGGGUUUUUUAUCUACAGAAUUCGUAAUUUUUAGCCAACGCACAUUCUUUAGUAAUACUGGGAUAACUAAGAAUAUCUUUAAGAACAAGCAUUGGCCCACAUGCUGUGAACUUCAUACGGCCUUUAUCAGGAUCGUCAUCAUGGUAAUGAAAUUAAUUGUGCUAGUGUUCUCUCGUAAAUAGAAUCCAGUGACUCUCUGAAAGAUAGACAAUCAGUUACUCAUGUCAAAAAACGAUUCGAUAUCUAGCGAUGACAAGUUGGUCCCUUGUCUAGCCAUAAUGAAAAGUGUGGACAAAGCAGAUAGAAUUUAGCUGACUGAAAUUAGCAAUUUAGUUCUAAGGUAAAAGUUCAUCAUUAACAUUAUUGGGAGUACAAUAAAAUAUAAAUCAACUGCCGCUUAAUGGAUAUGUUUGAUACACUGAUGUAGUAAUUAUUUCUGUUUUUUACAUUUCUUCACGCCGAACUUAUUCAUAUUUCAAAAAAUCGAGUAUCGAUUUUGGCUUACUUUAGAGGCCGACCGAUUCUUGAGAACCUAGUUCUAUCAAAUUACAUUGUUAAAAGACUGAUUGAAUCCAGAAAAAUCAUCUGAAGUAGUAUGCAUACGAGUGUGAAAGUUUCUGAAAGAGAGAAAACAGUGUGGGUUCUGUUGUUACGUGGUAGUAAGGUCCGGUCACGUGUCGUCAUCAGCAUCAUCAUAGAGCUCGUGUCAGGGAGUUACGCGAUUGUCAGUUGAAACGAGAUGGCGCCAUAGUAUAUCCCGCGUGGUUUGCCAAGGCAGAUUAGGGCGUAUCCGUGAUGUGUAGUUUGCUGAUCGAAACGUAUCUUGAAAGAGUUUACGGAAAUGGAAAAGAUAUUCCAGGUUAACUGGCUAGUACAGACAUUUUAUACUGCUGUGUGCAAUUUCUAUAGUAUUCUAAUUAAACAAUUUUAAUUUAGAAAAAUGCUUCUUAAGCUCGCCAUCGCAUAUUUGUUACCAGCGGCGAAAACUCGUUAACAUCUGAUACCGGAAUCUGUCUUGAUCCUUGUAACUAAAACAGAAUUAACGGAAUAUCAUCAAAAUAUAUUGACUAAUUUAUAUAGUAUAAUUCAUAAGACGUAUUUUGUGUGUUUCUAAAAAAUCAUAUUUGCUAGUAAAAUCUGAUGCGAUGUAAAAGGCACGAAACCAUUCCUUCAUUAUGUUACUUAAUCACU